GUGGAAUUCUGAAGCCUGCAAAUGGACAAGCAUCUGAGCAAGUAUCUUGGUAUGUGCCCAAACCUUUUACUUCUGAACAAGCACUGCUGGACAGCAUCAACCCUUCUGCUUCAGUUGCCGUGAAAUUUACUACCCACAAGAGGGAAGAGACUUUGGAAUU